AUGACAAUGACGACAACUCCGACAACAAUAAGGAAUACCAGUGAUUAUCAAUUCAAUAGUGACUGCUAUCAAUCGUUGACAGGUGGACAUUAUUUUGAUCAAGCAGACAAUCUUCGUUUGGAUCGCCCUUCUUCACCUCAAUUUCAGCCAGUUAGUGGGAAAAGUUUAAUCUAUUUAAGACGUCAGUAUUGUAUGCCUGAUUUACGUGGAUCAACAACAACUUUGCAUUGGUUGGAUAUAGAAAUCAAUAAAACUAUUCAAUUCACGCAACCUAUUUGGGCCAUACAUGAUCAGCAACUAAGAACAGAAGUAUUUCCGUCAUCAGGUUUUACUCAAAUUUUUCAACUUACACUUCCUGCCGAUGUAUCAUUGGUGACUAAUUUUAUCGAUCCGAUUCAAAUAAUAAAUUAUCCAUUGGAUAUUGACAAUCUUUUAGUUAAUCGACAAGCAAAACGUCUGGUAUUUGGUUAUCAAGUCUAUGCUAAUUUAAACAUCGAAGAAACAGCUGCUUAA